AGGAGCGGCCAAUAAGAGCGCGAGAAGAUUCCACGUGUCACUUAUCGGAAUCUUGUUUAGUAAAAAGCGCAGCUGCAAAAAAAAUCGAGUAGAGAAGUAGGCAGACGAAGAAGAAGAAGAAGAAGAAGUUAUCGGUGUGCUUCAAUGGCGAUAUCAGUAGCAGCUUCGUCCUCUGUGGCCGUGAUAGUUCCACGUGUCCCCGCCAUCUCCACCCGUUGCUCCGCCGUCCCUUACCUUCCUCCUCGCUCCUUUGGCCGAUCCUCUUUCACCGUUCCGUUGAAGCUAGUUUCAGGGAAUGGAUUGCAAAAAGUUGAAUUGAUGAAGACAAGAGCGUCUUCAGAAGACACCUCGUCCAUUGACACCAACGAACUCAUCACAGAUUUGAAGGAAAAGUGGGAUGGUCUUGAGAACAAAUCGACUGUACUUGUAUAUGGAGGAGGAGCCAUUGUUGCUGUUUGGUUAUCUUCCAUUGUUGUUGGUGCCAUCAACUCUGUUCCUCUGCUUCCGAAAGUUAUGGAACUUGUCGGUCUCGGGUACACUGGAUGGUUUGUCUACAGAUACCUUCUCUUCAAGUCAAGCAGAAAGGAAUUGGCUGAGGAUAUUGAAUCCUUGAAGAAGAAGAUCGCAGGAAGCGAAUAGAUUCAUUUUCAAAUAAACCAGCUUUCUUUCU